UACUCAAAGCAUUUACAAGGCUCAUUACAACAAAAUUAUGGAAAAUGGAGUUGAGAAACUCGAUUCAUGACUCUGAACCAUAUCCAGGGAUACUUCAGCCAUCUAGAUAGGAUUUGCUUUGCGAAAAUUGAUUGUUGGUGUGCGCAUGCAUAAAUUGGAUAAACCAAAGGGCUAAAGUGAAAAAAAUGUGGACAAGAUGGCUUACCUCUUGUCCAGCGCCAAGGGUCAAGGCUGCGCUCAUGAUUCAACCAACUUCACUGCUCCAGCCACUGCCGCUCCUCCCCUCCCGCCCCGCCUGUUUCCGGCCAAACGUCACCAUGAGCAACGACCCUGAUCAAUCCACCAAUCUCGACGAAAUAUUCAAGCAAAAACGGAUUCUCAGAACCACAGUCCGCAAGGCCCUCAAGUCCAUGGAUCCCCCCCUCCGAUCACAAGAAGACAAUGCAAUCCAGAGUAUUAUCUUAGAAGCUCCAUGGUUCAAGUCUAGUCGGAGUUUGUGUGCUUAUAUAAGUUGCAGCGCUCUAAGGGAGGUUGAUACGUCGAAAUUGUUAACGGAAAUUCUGCGGAAUCCGGUGAAAGAGGGCUGUACUCAGACUAGAAAAAAGCUUUAUGUUCCGCGGGUGGAGGACAAGCAUAGUCAUAUGCGAAUGCUCAACAUCUCAAGCAUGGAUGAUCUAAUUGCAAACUCUAUGAAUAUUUUAGAACCUGCUCCAAUUGAUCAUGUUGGAAAUGCACGGGAAGAUGUAACGCUGGCAAAUGACCCAGUUGAUUUGUUCCUCCUGCCCGGACUAGCAUUUGACAGAUCUGGAAGACGCUUAGGCCGUGGUGGAGGUUACUACGACACCUUUUUGAGGAAGUAUCAAGAGCUAGCAAGGGAGAGGAAUUGGAAGCAACCUCUCUUUGUUGCACUGUCCUAUUCUCUGCAAAUCAUGGAUGGCGUUAUACCAGUAACUCCGCAUGACGUAUUGGUGGAUGCUCUUGUGACUCCAUCCGGCAUGAUUCCCAUUAACCCAUCUGCCAUAGAAAGAAUGCAGAUUUGAUGUUGGAUGUUGAAGCCACACUUAGAUACUUUCUUGAAUGGAAUUCUAAGACUUGAUUUUGGCUUGUAAACUGACAAGGAGGAUGACAUGUUCUUAAGUGCUUGUAAUAUUAGGUUGGUGCUAUAAAAAAAUUCUCAUAUGCCAUUGCAGGAGGCAUAACUAAUUUUUCAAGUAGCAUGAAUCAUAUAGAAACAGAGCUUGAUGUGAAACAGGUUUGUGUGAUUUGUAUUUGUUGUAUGAAGCAUCUAACUUGGAUCUAUUUUUAAUGUGGAUUCGAACAAAGGGUUUUGUUCAAUUUUUGAUUAUUUUAAUUUUCUACAA